UUCACGAUCGCCGCUAAGGUCAGCCGUCAGCGGGCUUUUAAGUCAGUCGGUCAGUCGAGCCUCGCGAUUGAUCGACCGUUGAUCUGGAAUAUCAUUAUCUGUCAUUAAAGGGAAGAAAAAUAAAAGGGACGAGAGAUGCCGGACACAAAGAAAAGAGUAUGCAUCGUCGGCAGCGGCAAUUGGGGCUCAGCGAUUGCGAAGAUCGUCGGAGCAAAUGUCAUGAAGUACAACAACAUAUUUGAGACUCGUGUGACAAUGUACGUAUACGAGGAGAUUAUCAACAACGAAAAAUUAACCAGUAUAAUCAACACUAUCCACGAGAACGUUAAAUAUUUGCCUGGGCAUAAAAUUCCGGAAAAUGUGGUUGCCGUGCCCGAUGUUGUGGAAGCAGCGAAGGAUGCAGACAUUCUCAUCUUCGUUUUGCCACAUCAGUUUAUUCGUACGUUGUGCUCGACACUGCUGGAUAACAUAAAACCAACUGCUGUUGGCCUUUCUCUUAUUAAGGGUUUCGGCCGAGGCGAAGGAAACAAUAUCGAGUUGAUCUCCAAGAUCAUCGAAAAGCAUCUAAGAAUACAGUGCAGCGUUCUGAUGGGUGCCAACCUGGCCAAUGAGGUUGCUGAAGAGAAAUUUUGCGAAACCACAAUAGGCUGUAAGGACAAACGAUUGGCGCCAGUACUGAGAGAUCUCAUUCAGACUUCUAACUUCCGAGUGGUUGUCGUGGAAGAUUGCGAGACUGUAGAAGUGUGCGGAGCUUUGAAAAACAUUGUGGCAUGUGCAGCUGGUUUUGUGGACGGCCUCGGAUUGGGCGACAACACAAAAGCCGCGGUGAUCCGAUUAGGGCUGAUGGAGAUGAUCAAGUUUGUCGACACUUUCUAUAGCGGUUCUAAGCUCUCUACAUUUUUUGAGAGCUGUGGCAUUGCGGAUUUGAUUACCACUUGUUACGGCGGAAGGAAUCGCAGAGUCUGCGAGCAAUUUGUUAAGACUGGCAAGACUAUCAAAGUAUUGGAGGAUGAACUGCUGUCUGGACAGAAGCUGCAAGGACCGGCAACGGCAGAUGAAGUUCAUGAUAUGUUGAAGGCACGCAACUUGAUGGACAAAUUUCCACUGUUUACCGCGGUGCAUCGCAUCUGCACCGAUCAACUGCGACCGGCGGAUCUCAUUGACCAGAUUCGCAGUCAUCCUGAGCAUGUGUUCGCUCCAAAAACUUUGUUCAUGUACUGAGUCCUUUUCCUCGCUAAAUUCUUGAAUAGAAGUGCAACCUCCUUCUACACAGUCCUUAUUUCCUGUACAUGAAUAAUUAUAAAAGAUAUUUGAGAAAGAAUGAGAUUGGAAGAGGGAAGUGCAUAGUUCAUGCAUUCAAGAAAAUAUGAAUUCAAUACGAGGUGCAGAAACAGCCUGUGAUAUCGAGAAGUAAACGAUUUAGCUAGUAAAGGCUUGUACAUACUUUGAACGUCCCUAAUGUAAUCUUAUUGCUGUAAAUAAAGAUUACUUCAAUUAUGAAA